CGAAGAGUGCCAAUUCAACGAGGUUCCGGUUAGUUGGAGCCUGGAGAUUGUCGCGAGAAGAUGUGUUCCGUUGCGAAAAAAGCGCUUUGAUUGGGGUGUUUUACUUUGGUAUACAGCUUCUGGAUAAGUGAUGUAUGGACAAAUUAGUUGGGAAUGGGAUCUCUGGUGUGGAUUUCUUUGAAGUGGAAACUGGAGGCUGAAAGUUUUUGCUAGCCAUAAUUACACAAAGUUGUUUUGCGGGCCAUUCAACGUUAAUGGGGACGACGGAUGAUAUUAAUAGCAGGGUAAUGUGAGAACUAUCAAGGACUUAGCCACCAUUCAUUCGAGGAAGGUGGAAUUACAUCCCCAGGGGGCAGUACUGAGAGGAAGCCUUUUUUCUGCGUUGGCUUAGUAAAUGGAAAACCAUGCCCUGAAGGAAUGUUAACAUUUUUGUGUGAACUGAAAGCAAAAAAACACGAACUGCACCAGCAUCGUGAACCGAAGAGAAGAAGAAUAAGCAAAAAUCCAAAUAGUCUGUGCUGGGGGUGGAAAGCUUGAAGGUGUACACAAGGAUAACGACUAAUGCCGGACAUCUCUGGAGAGGCGUAGAAUGCUGGGAAAUAUUCGAGUGGAUAAAUAAGCAAAUAGAGAAAAAUCCCCUUCUCAGGACGUGAUACUAUAUUGAAUUGAAAUAGAGCGUGUGCGUUUUUAUCUGGUGGAAGCUGAUUCGGUACUUACACUAUAUUUGCCUUGCCGUGGGACGGGGCCAAGUGCCAAGUGAGGCAAACAACCUAAGAUAAGAGGAUAUAGGGGCACUCUCACACGAAGCGGUGGGGGUUUUGGACGGAGAGGUGUUUUUCAAAGCGGAACCAAGGACCUUUCCUCGGUGGAUACGCCUGGUGAACUCUCGCAGGCGGGCACACAUGCCGAAGUCUAGAAUAAUGUCCAAGGGAGUCGACUACCGAACGCUGACAGCACGUGGCAGUCCAUCGAGAAAUGUUCACAACUUUAAAAUACCCUCGAGGAAAGCCCGUUUCAAACUGGCCUUGAUAUUGAUCAGCAUUCUCCUGGUGUUCCUCUACAGUAUCAGUCUGCCGGCUUGGCUCUACAGCGGAGGAACUGGCAAUCCAUACUGGGAGGAGGCCUUCAUCACCAAAGAUGAUGAACAGCACUUCAAUUACAACAGUUCCUACUUUGUGAACACAGUGGGGUGCAAGAUGCCAAGUCUACCGAUCGUAGAUGAACAUGUUCAAAAGUUUCUCCAGAAGGUUGAACCACUGAACUGCACUUCGGCACUGAUCCAAAGCGACAGCAGCUCGAUUUGGUUCCAGCUAACCGAAGAAGAUAUCGAAAAGCAUUAUGAGCUUGGUAAUGCCAGCAUGAUUCAAUGCUGCUACCGUCCGUUUGAGCGUAAGUCCAACAGCAAUGUCCGGAUUGUUGGACAGGAGAUUUGCUUCGAGUAUGGCGAGCGGGUUGAAGUUGUUGUUGAGUUUAUAGCAGUUAUCUGCACUCAUCCUGCCAAAAAUCAACAAGUAUUCUAUAGGGACUACUUUGCAUUCGUGCCGUUAAAGCCGGCCGUCGAAGAGCGAUGUGAAAGCACGAGAAAUGAGCUCAAUGCCAGGUUUGGCGGAGAUGAUGAAAAGCUCAGCAUGAUGAUCUUGGGCAUUGACAGCGUGUCGCGGUUGAACUUCCAUCGUCAGAUGAAACUCACCGCGGAAAUGGUGAUUGAUCGAUUAAAAGGUGUUGAACUGUUUGGCUACAACAAAGUGGGCGACAACACGUAUCCCAACUUGGUUCCUGCCCUUACCGGUCUAGACGUAGAUGAGUUAUCAGCUGCAUGUCUUCCAUAUUCAAACAGCACUUUCGAUCUGUGCCCUUUCAUUUGGAAGAAGUUCAGAGAGGCAGGUUAUCGAACAUUCUACUCGGAAGACAGCAGUACGAUGGAGACCUUCAAUUACCUUAAGAAAGGUUUCCGUGACCAGCCCACGGACUACUAUCUGAGGAGUUUCUUCCGUCAGGCAGACUCUUCCAUAGGUUACAAUAAAAAAGUGAAUGCUAAACUCUGCUUGGGAGGUCGUAACCCAACUCAGAUAUUGGUUGACUACGCUCGGAAGGUCGUGUCGGCUAUGAAGAACCGUCUCAGCUUUUCGUUAUUGUGGGCCUGCACCAUGACGCAUGAUCUGCUUAACUAUCCUUCGCUGGUCGACGAAGACUACCGAGGUCUACUGGAGCACAUGGAACGAGAAGGUUUUUUGAACAAAUCUGCUGUUAUCCUUCUCAGCGAUCACGGCAUAAGAUGGGGCAGCUAUCGAAACACAUAUCAAGGCAUGAUGGAAGAGCGGCAACCGUUCCUUUACAUUCUUCUACCAAACUGGUUCGAACAUCGAUAUCCAUCAGCUUAUCGAAACCUCCGAAAGAAUCGACAGCAGUUAACAUCUCACUUCGAUCUAUACGAAACUUUGAAGGAUCUGUCCAACUUAUCCCUGCUGUCUCAAUCUGCGAUCAAGAUACGAUCACUGGAGUUACUUGAAACCAAACCGGUUCCCAGAGGAAUAAGUCUAUUUUUGCCGAUCUCUCCAACGAGAACCUGUGAAGAUGCCGGAAUUGCACCGCAUUGGUGCACUUGUCAUGAUCACAAACCGAUCGUUACUAACGACUAUCGCGUGGUCGCCGUUGCUCGCUACACCGUUGAUCGCUUGAACCAAAUGCUCAAAAAGUACCCCCAGUGUGGCACGUUGCACCUUUACUCGAUUGAGGAUGCCAGCCUAGGGGUGUCUACGGAGGAGAUCAUAUCGAAGAAACCGAUCAACCAAUUCAGUGACAUUAGCGUCCGAUUUCUGACAAGGCCGGGCGAGGCGGAGUUUGAGGCCACAGUUCGAAUCGAUUCUUUCAAUCGGAGCUCGCUUACGGGAAGCGUCAGCAGAACGAAUCUCUAUGGAAAGCAAAGUUACUGCGUGGAUGACUACCGAAUGAAGCUUUACUGCUUUUGUACGCGAUAGAAAACAAACAUAUAGCGACAAUA